AUGAUGAAAGACGCCCUGAAGAAGACAAAAGUGGUGGUGCGCAAGCUACCGCCGAACCUUAAGGAGGAGUCAUUCGUCGAGGCGCUAAAUAAGAAGUACCAAGGCCGCUACAACUGGAUAAUGUUCUACCCGGGAAAAUCAUCGGCGAAGAAGGCGGCGCUCUCAAGGGCGUACAUUAACUUCCUCUCGCCGGAGGACGUGCUUUCUUUCUCCUCCGACUUUCACGGCCACACUUUCGUCAACGAAAAGGCCUUCCGUAAUCCUGCAAUUGGCUCCUCCCUUCUCCGCUCUGGGUUCCACUCUCUCCCGCCACAUCUCCCCCCCAUACUUCCCCCACAUCUCCCCCCACAUUUCCCCCGCAACUCCUCCCCCCCGUCAUCUUCCCCACAUCUCCCCUCAUCACCUCCACCUCUCCCCCCACUUUCCAACCCCCUUCCCUCUUCUCCCUCCCCCAGACCCCGAAUAUGGGCGUUCCUAACAGCGCUGGAGCAGGGCGAGGAGACCGUCCCUUUGUUCUGCAGUCCAAUCCUCCCCUCUUCCCUCCACAGACCACUCUCUCCCCUCCGUCUCCCCAUCUCCCCAUCCCCCCCACAUUCCCCCCCACCUCGCCCUCCCCCAGACCCUGACUACGUGGCGUUCCUGGCAGCGUUGGAGCAGGGCGAGGAGAGCCUCCCGAGCGCAGAGGUGCAGCUGGAGAAGGCAGACGCUGCCAAGGCCGCUGCUGCAGGUGCGUGCGUGUUGGGUCGCUGCUUCAGGUGCGUGUUUGACCAGGGGUGA